UUGGUUUGCACUUGAUGCAUAGAUAUUUUUGUCUUUGCCUCUUGCAUGUGUUGCACACUGUGGCGGUGAGAGGGUUAUAUGGCAUUUUCAGUAACCUGAUAUUGGCCAGCAGGAGGAGUUAGUGAGAAAAGAAAGAUUAAACUUAAAAAGUCAGGAAACCUCUCUCUCUCUCACACACACACACAUACACAUAUAUACACACGCUCACCCUCCCACCUCUCAAGCCCUUCCUUCAAGAGAAACUCCUUUUCUCCUUCCAACAAGGUUCUGGGUGGCUGAAAGAGGGAGAAAGAUUAAACAUCAGCCUACUGCUAAAAAUAAUUAAUCCUCCAACAAUCCUAUGAAGGACUUUCCUUAUCUAUCUCCCCACACACAUAAUGUAACACAGAAGAACAGAAUUUAUCUGGAACAUAUAUCAGGAGCUUCUGCAGACUGGAACUGGACCAAGCAUGAAAUGAUGGGAAUUUCUGAAGAACCAUAAAUUGUAAGGUUAGUCCAGGGAAAUUAGAAGGGAGCUGUUUUUAACUCGUUCAGAGGAAUGUCAUGCCUUUAAAGACGUGUAGUUAUAUAAUGAAGCACUGCUGACAGCUCUUGGAUGUGGAAGACAUACAGAAGAGAUUUGACUUAAGCUGUGGACAAAUUAACCUGCACCAGUUCAGUUGGCUCUACUGGCAUUUACACCACUUGCAAGAAAGCUAAGACUUUGAAUGACACAAUGAAUAUUUCAAUAGACCUUUAAAUUUGUACUGAUAAUAUUAAAGUAAAUAUAAUAAAAGGAAAAUUGAAGUCAUUGACAUUCACUGAAUCAAAGUGGUCCUGUUAGGAAAAUGGUUGAAAAUAACGAUUUUUCACUGGAUCUUUAAGUGACAGAAGGGAUGUAACAAUUUAGCUCUGGCAAUGUCCGGUAUGGGAUGGUGUAGCUAAUAGGACACUGGACUGCUGCUACUAUUUUGGUUAGACCUAUCUAGUGGAUUUUGCAUUAGUUAACUCAGCUGCCUCAAUGGAAGACACAGAUUUAAGGAAGGUUGCCCAGAUUUUAUGGCUUUGCUCUUUCAACUGUGGAUCUGAUUUAAGGAUACAUCAACUCAGUAUAAAGUAACAGUCUGGAUGGUCCGGGCUAAAGAGUCUCAAUGCCUUGAUUGUCCUUAAGAUGAAGGUAUGGAAGAGGACAGCUACUGUUUUGAUUCUCCUCUGUGCUGUGUUGUCCCUUUUGGUCUAUGCAGAAGUCUUCUACAGGAAAUGGACGUUCAAUUUUGCUUCCUCCUUCUCGCAGUCGGUCACACGCUCACCUUUAAACGGCCAAAGAAGAUUUCCACGGGGUCUGGAACGCAAACAGCCAAUGAUUUCCCAAUACACAGCUCUCUUCGAAAGCUACACACAAGCCGAGAUUCGGGAGCUAGUUUCUACUUUGGUAGAAAGGUACAGCCAGUCUGCACACUCUGGAGACGACCCAAAAAAUGGUGCCAGGAUGAAGAGGGCCCGAGUGCGCAAACAACCUUGUACCCUCAAGGAGCUAGAGGUGAGCGUAAGCGAACUGGGCUUGGGCUAUGUAUCCGACGAAACUGUCCUGUUUCGCUAUUGCAGUGGUACCUGCGAAGCAGCUGUACGCAAUUACGACCUUUCAUUGCAAAGCAUACGAGGCAAGAAGAAAAUCAAAAAAGAGAAGGUCAGAGCCCGGCCUUGCUGCAGGCCAACAGAGUACGACGAUGAUGUGUCUUUUCUGGACUCCAAAAACCAUUACCAUACCAUCAAAGAGGUCUCUGCAAAGGACUGUGGUUGUGUUUGAUGAAAAUAUAGGGUAGAGAAGCAGAGGAAAUAAGCCUAACAGUAAGGUGACCCCCCCCCCCCAUAAAGAGCGAGUGUACUCUCCCUGGUGCCAGUAUGUCCAAUGGGAACGAAGGGUCACAAAGUUGUAUUCAAUUUCUACCUCACUCAAAGCUUUCAAAUGGAAUUUAGCUUUGUGGCACAAACACAAAGAUGGCCAGAGCAAACAAGAUCAUGCAAUUGCACAGUGUUAUGACACCCUCAGAAAAAGAGGUCAGCAUCUCUGUCAGCAUUUCUGCUGUUGAUAUGAAGGAUCCUGAAUUAAAGUGGAAAUACUAAGAUACAAAUAAAGAAAUUGAACUUUUUUUUAAAAAAAAAUAAAUAUCACAAUAUAUUUAAGAAUGCUCACUGCUCAUGUAUUUUCAACUAUUUCAUAUAACAGUGACCAAACUGAAAUGAGAUGCAAAGUUUCACAGCAAUAAGACAUCUCCAUUCAGUUGACCAAAUCUAAGUAUGAGAGUCUAUGAGAGGUAUCAGAAGGCCAUUGCGUCUAGCUUUGUCAUUUCCCUUCCAGAAAGGAAGUGGGCAACUACACUGAGCAGAUGACGUAGUGAUUGUGACUUUGGUGCCAAAAGCCUCAUAUUCCACAAGGCGUGACAUUGACUUUUUCCAUUUGUGCUGACCUUUAUAAUGUGUCUAAGACUGUACAGACCACCGGUUAUCAACUUUAUUUAAUUGUAUACAUAUAUGUAUGUCUGUCAAGAGUCAAGGAGUACUUAUACUAUAUGUUUGUGCCUGGGGGCAGUUCCCAUGCACAUAAUUGGGUCAUGAGUAUUAUCAAGCUCUUUAAUUAUUACCCAAGGUUAUAUAAGGCUGUAUAGCAGCAGUGUGAAGCUAGCAGUUGCACAAAGCGCUGACAUUGGUAUUAAAACCACACUAUAGUCACACAUAGCCUAGUCACAUUCCACAAUAUGCUGAUAUUAGUUUAAAGAACUGAUUAUUCUAGUUAACAGGAGCAUCUGUUGGGGAUAUGCAGAAAGUACCAUUUUAAAGACGUAUAAAUCAUUAUUGCCAAAGCAGUUCUGACUGCAUUCAGGGCCACCAUCUGGGGGAACGGGGAACAGCAGUCAGGGAUCCCAAGAUGAAAAAAAGGCACAAUUCAUGGGGCGUGAAAGGGUAGGGUUUGUGGGUAAGUAGAUGUGGUUUGUGGAGAUCAUUAGUAGACUUUGAAAUAAUUGGGGCAUGGUUAAUGCAAUUUAGGGGAAUGGGGAUUUUCUUUUCUUUGAGGCUCCUGUGUCUAACACCCAGGUGUCCCAUGGGACUGGUUGGCUAAUAAUUGGGUCUUUCUCGGGGGAGGGCCGUGCUAAAUUAGUAGUAUCUGGCCCCAUGAUUACUGAUGGUGGCCCUCAAUGCAUUGCUCACAGUCUCCUUGUACCAUGCAACAACAUCCCUAACAGCUUUAGAACAUCUUAGGUUAGGAGGUUCCACAAGUCACUGAGAAUAACACUGGCCAAUGCAGGCCAUUAUAGGUGUUAUUAACUUGUACCACAGCCCCUUCCCACAUAAAAUAGAUUUUAGUGACAAACUAACUAAAAGUUACUUACCCUCACAUAAAAUACAAUCAAUAAGGACCUCAAUAGACCUUCUCUCCUCAUGGUACAGGUAUGGGAUCCAUUAUUCGGAUACCCAUUAUCCAGAAAGCUCAGAAUUACUCUCUUCCAUAGA